AUGCGCGGAAUCAUGAUUUUCACCGUGGGAACGGACAUUUACUCCAACGACGCAAGUUCCUUCACGUGCUCCACGAAACAGCCCCUCUGCAACUCAGUGUGCUUCAAUCAGUUUAUGCCGAUGAAUUUGACUCGAUUCUGGACUUGGCAUAUGGUCGCUCUUGGAAUAACCGCGGUAGCAUUCGUCACAAUCGUCAACGAGCCGAGCAAAGAUCUCAAGCUCAUGCGAUCCCUCGAAGCUGAGAUCGGCAACCCAGAUGAAGAGGAAAAAUCGGACCUCCCCCCUUCUUACCAGCAAAUAAAGCUGAACAAGCUCAAGGCCAAGUACAGCGAUAUCAACGCGAUUGCGGAGAGCUACAAGGGUCGAAAAAUGAUCGUGACAACAAGAAAGACGAAGAUUCAUCGCGCUGUUUUUCAAAUGACGCUUCUUGGGCUGGAACUGGUCUUUUUCAUAUUCUUCUUGUCUCUUUUGAAGCAUCAGUACCACUACAAAACCGGCUGGUGGACUCUUUUGACGACUGGAAAGCUCUUUCAGACUCCCGCAUCCUUCAGCUGCGUAAUCGAUGAAAACAGUCUCACCUCGAUCCCGAAAGAAAUUGCCCAAGCUAAAAACUUCAACUCCACGGAUCCUCGAUAUUUCUUUUGGAAAGCGAAACACGCCUGCUCUCAAGCUGAGUCUGUUUGCAAUGUCGCUCGUUUCACCGAAAAGACCUACAUUACCUACUUUAUGCUCGGCUCAAACGCCCUGGCCAUCAUCAUCUUGGUCUUCAAUGGAAUCUUCAUUCUUGGACAGACCUCCGUAAUCGGCAUCAAACGCGGAUCCUCCUGGGUCAAUCAAAAAGCGCGAUAUUUUAAAAACCGGCGGACGCAGAGCCUGGUCAAUCCUUCAGCCCAAUCCUCUGGCCGUAGAUCGACUUGCUCUACUCCCAAUCUCCCUCCGACCCCCUCGAUGCUGGGAAUGAGCAUGCGAGGUCGAGGAACACCAAUUUCGACCUAG